AUGAUUCGUCAAAAGGUGGUAGAAUUUGCACGAAUCAACAAGCAGCAUUGUUUCUUUCGUCUGCUGAAGUCGUGGUUAAAAGCGUGGAAAAAGUCUCGUUCGAGCAGGAAGGUUGUAAGUAAAGAAGCAAGUAGCAUGAGCACGACAGCCAAGGACCUGCCCCGCGGCUGGAAGGAAGUAGAGAGCAAAAGUCGUCCUGGAAAGGUGUACUUUCUCCACGCGAAGAGCGGUGAAAAGACCUGGAAGCUUUCACAUGUUCACGCCAAGGAGCGUGAGUUGCGGCACCGAGCGGUGGCCGUUCACGCCGACAGUAAAAAAACUCGUUUGAGCAACAGUUCUUCCAGUUUGGAAAGUGUUCACGCGCUGCAUGUCCUUGUGAAGCAUUCGGGAUCAAGGAGACCGUCGUCUUGGCGACAGGAGACCAUCACUCGCAGCAAAUCGGUGGCAGAGGCGAAGGCAGGUGGUAUUCGAGACAAGCUUCUAGCAUGUAUGGAGGCUAAUCCUGAAAGACCAUCCGAGGCAUUGCGUAAGCUUUUUGAAGAGAUUGCUAAAGCAGAGAGUGAUUGCAACAGCGCGAAGCGUGGGGGCGAUCUGGGACCGUUCACGCGCGGAAAGAUGACUCCUUCUUUUGAAAAGGCUGCGUUUGCUCUCAAUGUUGGUGAUCUUAGCGACUUGGUGGAGAGCGAUAGUGGUGUCCAUGUCAUUCUUCGUAUUGCAUAG